CUGAACCGCGCAUUCCCAAAGCUCAGAGAACAAAGCCAGCCACAGCCCGCGAAACAGCCCGGCCGCGCCACAACGAGUGCGCGCGAGGCAUGCUACCCUUUUUCUACUUUUCAACCCACUACUACGCUAGCGCCAACUCGUGACCUUGUAUUUACCCGGCGACGUCUCCUGACUCCACCCGAAUGCUUGCUGCCUCGCCGCCUCUCUUCGCUCACGUCCAUAAGUAGCUUAAUAAAGGAUCUGGUGGAAAAUGAUGGACCGAAAACGAUGGUAUUUCGGCGUGUACUACCAGUUCGCCGAGGAUCGGCACGAUGUUUGGAUUGUCGACGUCGACAACGCCUGCGUCACGGCAGACACCAAGGAUGAGGCGAUGGCGGAUAUCACAUCGCAACUGUCGGCUUGCCUGAAGGAUUACACUGACACCGGCAAGGCUCUUCCCCCCGCCUCGUCCCAGGCGGAGGCGAUGGUCAAGGCCGCGGACAUGCUGCGGGACGCCCAGCUGGAGAUGCCGGAACUGUACCCGCAGCCCAUCGCGCAGCACAUGACGGUCGUCACGUGCGAGCUGACGGACGGCUGACCCUAGUGUGGGCAGGGGCCUUGGCUAUCACUGGCGGGCUGCGGGUAACGGCUCAGGACUUACGAGGAUAGGUCGGGGGCAACAGGAACAGCGGUGUGGGGUAGGGGAGAGAUAGGGAGAUGGGAGAGCCUGGGGCUCGGGGAACCGGAAUAGGUGAGAGAUCGUAAGGGGAGGGGGAAGGGGGCUUCGAACGGGUAAUUGGUCGUGCCGGGAGGCACCCUGUGGGGGAUGGGAAAUUCUAGCCUAGACUUGCGCGAGCGGGCGACUUCGCGCCGUGCACAAGGGGCCGCGAUACAAGGGAUCGUUCUAUGUCACAAUACUAGAGACUGGUACUUAAGGAGUCUUGUUGAGAUUGACUCCUAUGAUUGCUCGGGUAGUUGGUGUGAGGAGUUGGGAGGAGUGACCGCGCCGUAGUGGCGGAGUUGUUGUGUGUGGUUACAAGGUGGUGAGCACGACGUGCAUUCCUGUCCUUGUAGAAACCGAGGCCCGGGCCGGGGGGCCCUUAUAACGCCUGCAACACUUAUAUAUGCAGCUAGUUUGGUCCCCGAAUGGGGGUGCUUAUGCUCCUGUGCUCCCAAAUGGAAUCUAGUAACGCGGCUAACCUGGCUGGGUCCGUAUGGAGUGACUGAAACAGCACAGCUCG